UUCGGGAUUUUCAGUGGUUGGGUUUAAGUGGUGGUAGUUCUCCUUUAUGCAGUUGUUGGGGUGUGGACGAGGAGUUCGCGUUGCGGGAAGUGAGGUUUAGUGGGAUUGAGCGGAAGUUGCUGACCCUAGACCUGUGUUCUAGAUGUUGGUUUGGCGAUUUUCGUUUGGGGAGUAGCUUUAGGGGGAGCAUCUUUUGGGUUUCAAUGUGAUGUUUGUAUCAUUGGAAGAGUGAUUUUCUGGACUAUUUCGUUGAGCCUAUUGCUUGAUGCUGCUGUUAGCAAAGACCCACCGAGGGGGAUGUGAGCUAGGGUUUGGCUCUUUGUCGACCCAACCUAAGAGCAGUAUCAUUUCUCGACCCAGUGCCUUGUAUCAAUAAAACCCACCCCUUGCUCAGACAAAAGGGCCUUUUGCGUAUGUUUUAUCUGAUAAAUCACCUUGCCUCGUAUUCAUUGUCUCUAUUCUUAGUGACUCAUCAUCUGGAGCAGGUAAUAGGAACUGUGGAGGAUUGCAAUCUGCUUUUACUAACUGAAGCAAGGUAGGGUGGUGGAGAUGGCUUUCGUGAAUGCUACAUUGGCUUUGAUCCCGCAAUACACGGGACUCUCAGCGGGUACUUUCUUUACAAUCAUUGGACUGGUGGUCGGUAUUUAUUACCUAAUAUUGGGUCUUUUUGCACCACCACCACCUGUCAAGUAUGUCCCCGUGCAGCCAUUGCCGCCUCCUGCACAGGUCGGGGAGCUGACUGCAAAAGAGCUCGCAGCCUAUGAUGGUACUGAUCCGAGCAAGCCUUUGCUGAUGGCUAUUAAAGGACAAAUUUAUGAUGUAUCUCAAUCAAGGGCAUUUUACGGAACUGGAGGACCUUAUGCCCUCUUCGCUGGAAAAGACGCAAGUAGAGCAUUGGCUAAAAUGUCUUUUGAGGAGAAGGAUCUGACAGGUGACACUGAAGGCUUAAGUUCCUAUGAGGUCGAAGCUCUGAACGAUUGGGAGUACAAGUUCAUAAGCAAGUACGUGAAGGUGGGUACUGUUAAGCCAAACACUGCCCAGAGUGAGGAUGCGCCAACUGAGUCCCCUGAUGCACAGCCUUCCUCUUCUGAAUCGGACACACCAAAGGACGAGUGAUGCUUUGUACUGAUAUUGGAGCUAGUGAAAUUGGAAGUUCUGGGAAGGAAGGAAAGCUUUCCAUUUUGUACAUGCAACUGUACAGUGCCAAUAAGAGUUUUGUUGUUCCACUGCAGAGAAUACAUGCGUUAUGUUAGUCCACAUCUACAUACUACCAGUCUAUUCUCAGGAUUUAGGCCAUAUGAGGGAGUGAUCGAUAAUAUAAAAUUCAUGUCUCACUAUCGUUCCCAAAAAGUCCCUUCGAAGUUUGUGGUAGAAUUGUGAUAGAGUUUCAGACAACAUUUUCAAUUCUGCUUGGAUUCAGCUUCUUACCAUGAAGUAUUUUGAAUGUCAUGGUCGUUUACAAGUUAUAGAGUUGCUUGUAUUGUAGAGGUACUUGUUCAACUGUAAGAGUUGUCAAGUUUCACAUGGUUUUAUGUGGACCUGCGUGUGUAAACUUAGGUUUUUCUCUAUAGUUAAUGUAGACAUACAGUUGCACAUUCAGUUUCCACGCGUCCUAA